CAUGUCAGCCCCUGGCUUAAAAGAAAACAGUUCUCUGCUCUGCUCUUGGGGUUUUAGCUACAAGCAAGGGUUUAGCCUUAGCAAUUAUUUCAAGAAAUUCACAAACCAACGAUCACAUUAUUCUGACUCUGAGCUUCGUUUCGUUUCGUUUCUCCACAGCUAGAACCAAGUGAAAUGGCACUGCAACACGCAUUAAGGUUUCAGGAUUUAUUUUCGCUUGUUAAAGAGUACAAAUUCGGAGUUUUUCCUUCAGCUGCUGGUAUUAGUUUUCAUUCUGAAGCAAAAAGAAGCAGCAUUGAGGUUUCUUCCUGUUGUUUUAGUCCAUCAAAUUUGUUGAGGGUUCCUUGUCAGCGUGGUGAAUUCAGAAGUUGGGGAGUAAGAGCUACACGAACAGAGGAAACACUCAGGUCAGAUGAUGGAAAGAAAAAACAAUGGGAAGAAUCUAGUGACACUGAUGGAGAAGAUGAUGAUUCUUCUACAAGAAAAGGUCAGGUGCAUGACCCAUAUCUUAUGGAUCCUGAAGAGAGACGGGAAUGGAGAAGGAAGAUUGAAGAAGUAAUCAGCAAGUAUCCUGAUGUUGAGGAACAGCUUGACGAUGAUGAAAAGAAGAUAAAGAUGCAGAAGCUUCUGGAUGAUUACCCCCUUGUUGUGGAGGAGGACGAUCCUGAUUGGCCUGAAGAUGCUGAUGGUUGGGGAUUCAACUUGGGUCAGUUCUUCAACAAAAUAACUAUCAAGAAUGUGAAGAAGGAUGUUGAUGAUGAGAACUACAAUAGUGAAAAUGAGAUAGUUUGGCAAGACGAUAAUUACAUUUGUCCAAUCAAAGACAUCACUGCUGCAGAAUGGGAGGAGACAGUGUUCAAAGACAUAAGUCCUUUGAUCAUACUUGUGCAUAAUCGUUAUAAAAGACCAAAGGAAAAUGCAAAGAUUCGAGAUGAACUGGAGAAGGCUGUGCAUAUCAUAUGGAACUGCAGGCUACCUUCACCAAGAUGUGUUGCAAUUGAUGCUGUUGUUGAGACUGAUUUGGUCUCCGCUCUAAAAGUUUCCAUCUUCCCAGAAGUUAUUUUCACUAAAGCCGGAAGGAUCUUGUAUCGUGAGAAAGCAACACGAACUGCAGAUGAGUUUUCAAAAAUAAUGGCGUACUUCUAUUAUGGAGCCGGCAAGCCACCUUGUUUGAAUGGCAUUGAAGAUAGCAAGGAAUUGAUCCCAUCUUUUUCCGUAGCAGAUAAGAAUACUAAAAUUAUUGAUGUACAGCCACUUCAAUAGGAUUAAAAGUUUUCACUGAAUUGACUCCUGUGCAAGAGCUGUAAGAUCAUAAAUAUUUUGUCCUUCAUUUGUAUUAUAAAGUGUGGAGCCAUCUGCCAUUAGGGUUUGAUAUGGCCAAUUUCUUGAGUUCA